AUGCCGAAGAACAAAGGAAAGGGAGGAAAGAAUCGCAAGAGAGGAAAGAACGAAGCCGAUGACGAGAAACGCGAACUCGUAUUCAAAGAAGAUGGUCAAGAAUAUGCUCAGGUUCUUCGUAUGCUUGGUAACGGUCGAUGUGAAGCAAUGUGUCUGGACAAUAACGGAACCAAACGACUCUGUCAUAUCCGUGGUAAGUUGCACAAAAAAGUUUGGAUUGCUUCCGGCGAUAUAAUUCUCGUCGGUCUCCGUGAUUAUCAAGAUGAUAAGGCUGAUGUUAUUCUGAAAUUCAUGCCUGAUGAAGCUAGGCUUCUUAAGGCUUAUGGUGAGCUUCCUGAUAAUAUGAAACUUUAUGUCGAUUGCGGUGGUGGUGCUGAUGAUGAUGAAGAGAAUGAUAUUGAUUGCAUUGAGUUUGAGAAUGAUGAUAUUGAUAAGAUUUAA